AUGUGUGGUUCUGGCGAGACGGAGGGGUCAGCUCAGAUGGAGCUCGUGAGAAGGGGCGCGGCUCUCUUCCUCACCUACAAGCUCACCACCCACGCCAGCACUCGCCCCUCCUCCAAGCCCCACCUCCUCCCCACCAACCCCUGCCCCUCUUCCUCCUCCUCCGCCUCCACUGCCACUGCCGCCUCUCUCUCCCUCGACCCGGCCCUCUCGGCUCAUCUCGGCUCCUCUCUCACCGCCAAUCCCCUCAACGCCACUGCGGGCGCCGCUGCUGGAGCCUCAGCCAGCCUUCUCAACACCUCCGCGGGUGUUGGCGCUACCGUGGGGGCAUCUCUUCCCAGUGGAACCGUGAACACAGCAGGAGGUGUCAUGGCUUCUACCGGCCUCAUGGGCACAUCCGCAGGUGUUGGCGCUACCGUCGGAGCGUCUCUUCUCAACGGAAUGGUGAAUACAGCAGGAGGUGUCUCGGCCUCCACAGGCCUUCUCAACACCUCCGCGGGUGUUGGCGCUACCGGCGGCGUGUCUCUUCCCAAGGGAACCGUGAACACAGCAGGAGGUGUCUCUGCCUCCACCACUCUGCUCAACACAUCUGCAGGGGUGGGCGCUGGUGCAUCUGUCUCCCUUCCCAACGGCUCUGUCGCUGCAGCGGGUGAUCUCUCUGCUUCCACCGCCCUACUCAACAAAUCCGCUGGUGUAGGAACCACCGUCGGGGUCUCCCUUCCCAACGGCACAGUCGCUGCAACCGGCGGUGUUUCUGCUUCCUCCGGUCUGCUCAACAUGUCAGCCGGCGUGGGAGCAGGAGUGGGCGUGUCGCUCCCCAACGCCUCUCUCUCUGGCUCUGCCUCCCUCGGUGCCUCCUCCCCUCUCCUCAACACCUCUGUCAGCGCCGGUACUGCCGUCAACGCAGGCUCGGGCGGCGUCAACGCCAACCUCGGAGCCUCGGCGAACCUCGGAGGCUCGACCUCUGGCCUCGUCUCCAGCGUGGGCGGGGCUGUCAAGAACCUCGUAGGCUCGGCAGGGAACAUGGCAGGCUCGAUGGUAGGCACGGUGGGCAACAUGGGAGCCUCGGUUGCAGCCUCUCUCUCCCCGAUUGCGGUGCUGAAUGGUGGGUGGGUGGUUACCAGUGGUGGCGCCUAUGCCAUGGUCGGGCAGACUCGAGUGUCGGCAGCGCUGGCAUCGGCCCUCGUCACCCGCAUUUCCACCAACCUGCCCCUCUUCCUGCAAGUGCACGUCGGUGCACAGGGCAGCCUCGUGUCCAGGAUGCAGUAG